AUGGCUUUAAUAGCAGUGUCAACAAAUGGAAGAGCUCUCGAAUUUAUUGAAUAUCCUUUGAAUUGUGAUAGAGAAAUAGUAUUAAUGGCAGUAAAACAAGAUGGAAGGGCUCUUAGAUAUGCUGAUCCUUCAUUAAGAAAAGAUAGAGAAAUAGUUACCGUAGCUGUAAAUCAAAAUGUGGAUGCUGUGGAAUAUGCAGAUGAAUCAAUUAAUAUUGAUUCAUUAAUCAUGUCAAAAGAAAUAAUUGAAGAUGGGAAUAAUCAUCAAGGCGUGAUAUCCUCCAUUCCUUUUGGGCAUUUAUUACCACGAACAGUCUAUAAGGAAUAUCACAGAAAAGAUAAGAAUAUCUUGUUACUCACCAUCAAAUAUAAUCCACGGGAGUUUUCACUUGCAAAUGAUGUAUUCAAAAGAGAUAGAGAAUUUGUACUAUUGGCGCUACAAAGAAAUGGACUUAUUUUACAAUACGUUGAUAUAUCUUUAAAGAAAGAUAGAGAAAUUGUAUUAAAAGCUGUUCUACAAAAUGGAAAAUCCUUAAAAUUUGCUGACUUGAUAUUAAGGGAAGAUAGAGAAAUAGUAACUGGGGCUGUGAAACAGAAUGGUAAAGCCCUUUGUUACGCGAUUGAAUCACUCAAGAAAGAUAGAGAGAUAGUUUUACUUGCAGCAUCACAAAAUGGUCUAGCAUUUGAAUAUGCAGAUGUUUCAUUAAGAAAUGAUAGACUAUUCGUGUUAACAGUUGUCAAGUUACAAGGAGUAGCCCUUAAAUAUGCCAGUGAUGAAUUGAAAAGAGACAUAGAAAUAGUGUCAGAAUCAGUAAGACAGGACAAAAGAGCAUCAAGUUAUGCAAAAAUUGAGGAAUUUGAAAUUCUGAGGCAAUAA